UACGCACUCCAGGCGGCCCCGCCCCCAGAGGCGCGUCCCCAGGGGCCCGGGGCCUACUCCUUGGCGCGCCGGGCCAUGGAGGCCCUGCGGAGGGCCCACGAGGCCGUGCUGUGGCUGUUGCUGUGCAGGCCCUGGGCCUUGGGCGCCGCCUCCCGCCCGAAACCCCGCGCCUCGGAGGUGCUGACGCUGCACCUGCUGCAGCGGCGCCUGCCGCACUGGACUUCCUUCUGCGUGCCUUACAGCGCGGUCCACAACGACCAGUUCGGCCUGUCCCACUUCAACUGGCCCGUACCUGGCGCCAACUACCACGUCCUGCGCACCGGAUGCUUCCCCUUCAUCAAGUACCACUGCUCCAAGGCGCCUUGGCAGGACCUGGCCCCGCAGAACAGCUUCUUCACGGCGCUCAAGGUCAUCAACCUGGGAGCGCCUUGGGCAGCGAGGAGCGAAUCAGGAAACGCCCCCACUUGGACAGUGGCUCUGAAGUUGCUUAGCAGGAGUCAUUCCCGCGCUCAUCACUGGAGGACAAAAACUAGGCGACUUUUAAAGUUUCUUUGUCUUCUUUAUGUGAAAUCUCAGUAUUCCAACUUUGUUAUAUGGACUUGGCUCCUGGUUAUUUGCCAGAGUCACAGAGACUGUUCAUACCAGUUACGGACCAAUAACAAUCUAUUUUCUAAAUAAAGAAGAUGAAGGUGCCAUGUAUUGAUAGUGUGCACUGGAAAAUA